UGUUUCUGUUGCUGUGUUGUGUACUUCAGGCUAGCUGGCCCUUGAACUUUGUCCAGUCUUCUGCACAGUGCUAGGAUUACAGCUGUGUGCCACCCCAUCAGCCUUUUUAAAGUGAGCUCCAGGGAGUGUUUGUGGCAAGCACUUUUACCUCUCUGGUCCAGUUCUUUGGGGUCUAUACUCAGAAUUAGAAUAGGUAGGUCAUACUGUGAUUUGAAUUUUUAAGGCGUUUUUUUCCAUAGCAGUUGUAUUGUGUUCUUCCUACCACUGAGAUAGAGAUCCGACCCAUAGCUCAUUCUUUUGUUAUGGCAGCCAUCCCAAUGGUCCUGAGGUAGGCGUGUAAGCUUUUAAUGAUAUAAACCCUGAAAGAAAUGUAACUGAGGCAGCUCUAAUGGGAAGCAGAUAGUAUAGGAGGGAACAGGAGUAUAUAUUUGUUGAUUCCUAUUAGAGAUCAAACCAACCAUGAUCGAAGAUAUUAAAAAAUGGUACUGAAUAUACAUAUAUUUUUCUUCUGAUUAGUCCAUAAACAAAAAGAAUAAAUAUAAUGUUUAAUAUUUAUAUUGUACUAAGUUAUCUAGAGGUGAUUUAAAGUGUAUGUUAUGUUAUAUACAAAUAUAAGCGGGGUGACUUGAACAUUUGUGAAUUUUCCAUGCCUGAGAGGAGUCCUGGAACCUUAGCACCAUGGAUACCAGGGAGAACUAGAUUUGGUUAAAUUGAAUUUGAAGGUAUUUUCUUUUCCACCUGCUCUUUUCUUAAUGGUGGGUGAUCCAGUAGCCUCCUGUCUUCCUUCACUGGACUUUUGACAUGGUUAAAGGGGAGGAGGGAGCUGCACACCGUGGUGGUCCUAGGUGGGGUAUUGUCAGAGUCUCUAUAGCUUCAGUUCCCUGAGUUUGGAGAAUGGGAGACACAUUCUUUUAACCAAACAGUAGUGAUCUGAUUGGCCACUGUGCGCUAUGUCUGCAGGACCCUCGGCUAUUCUGAGCAUGGUGGAAAUGAAUCUGCUUUUUAAAGAGAUAAAUAAAAACUACUACAUAUACUGGCCCUGCUGUACACAUGUACCCUACUGUGUUCUUACCAUGGCUGGCUCCUCUAGAGACCUCCCCUUCGUUCCUACCGCCUUUGCUCUCUCUGCCCUGUGAUUGCAGUUCCUUCCACUCUUCAGAGUCCUCCACCUCCAGCCUCUGCUCCCACUACUCAUGUCCGUCCCUUUCCCUUUCCUUUACUCCUUACUCUUGGUCUCACCCCUUCCCUUGCAGCACUCCUAUCUCCAUGCAUACAUGACUCUGCCUGCCCUAUUCCCAUGACUUAGUAGUGAGUGUCAGCGCACAUUGUGACACUCUAGGAACAACUGUGUCACAUAGGGUCUGUCCCUAUUGAUGACCACCCUUGUGGAAAAUGAGCUUAGAGUGCCUCCUCAGUUAGGGUACAGCGCAUUGAGGGCCCCACUCGUGAAAAGAGGAACAGCUGUUUGGGGCAACUUUGUUAACAUGAGCUUUCUGCUCAACAGGUCUAUCCAGGAAAAUGGUGAACUGAAGAUCGAAAGCAAGAUUGAAGAGAUUGUUGAACCAUUAAGAGAGAAAAUCAGAGAUUUGGAAAAAAGUUUUACCCAGAAAUACCCACCAGUAAAAUUUUUAUCAGAAAAGGACCGGAAACGGAUUUUGAUCACCGGAGGUGCAGGCUUUGUGGGCUCCCAUCUAACAGACAAACUCAUGAUGGAUGGCCAUGAGGUGACUGUGGUGGACAACUUCUUCACAGGCAGGAAGAGAAAUGUGGAACACUGGAUUGGCCAUGAGAACUUCGAACUGAUUAACCAUGAUGUGGUCGAGCCACUCUACAUUGAAGUUGACCAGAUAUACCAUCUGGCAUCUCCAGCCUCCCCGCCAAACUACAUGUAUAACCCCAUCAAGACACUGAAGACUAACACAAUUGGAACACUAAACAUGCUGGGUCUGGCAAAGCGCGUAGGUGCCCGUCUGCUCUUGGCCUCCACUUCCGAGGUAUAUGGAGAUCCUGAGGUCCACCCUCAAAGUGAGGACUACUGGGGCCACGUGAAUCCCAUUGGACCCCGAGCCUGCUAUGAUGAGGGCAAACGUGUUGCAGAGACCAUGUGCUAUGCCUACAUGAAGCAGGAAGGUGUGGAAGUACGGGUGGCAAGGAUCUUCAACACCUUUGGGCCACGAAUGCACAUGAAUGAUGGGCGGGUGGUCAGCAACUUCAUCUUACAAGCACUACAAGGGGAGCCACUCACAGUAUAUGGAUCUGGGUCUCAGACACGGGCAUUCCAGUACGUUAGUGAUCUGGUGAAUGGCCUGGUAGCACUGAUGAACAGCAAUGUCAGCAGUCCUGUCAACUUGGGAAAUCCAGAAGAGCACACAAUCCUGGAAUUUGCUCAGUUAAUUAAAAACCUUGUUGGUAGUGGAAGUGAAAUUCAGUUUCUCUCUGAAGCCCAGGAUGACCCACAGAAAAGAAAACCAGACAUCAAAAAAGCAAAGCUGAUGCUGGGGUGGGAACCUGUGGUCCCAUUGGAGGAAGGACUGAACAAAGCCAUCCACUACUUCCGGAAGGAACUAGAGUACCAGGCUAAUAACCAGUACAUCCCCAAACCUAAGCCUGCCAGAGUGAAGAAGGGCCGGACGCGCCACAGCUGAGUUAGCCUUAGGAUAUGAGACUGUUUUACCUUUGUGAGGUGGACUUUUGUGGGAUUUUUUUUUUUUUUUUUAAAGACUUAAACAGGUGUCAUGAAGAACAAACUGGAAUUUUAUUCUGAAGCUUGCUUUAAAGACAUUGAUGUGCCUAAAAGCUCCCGUGAAGUCUGCAGACUUUGCCUUGCACUUUUUAAAUCUGUCUUUUUUUAUGUACAACAGCCUAGCUGCAUCUCUGCUAUUUUCAGGUUUUGUAUCUUGCUGUUAGAGUGUAUGCUGUAACUGUCACUGACAGUUUUAUUUACUAGUUUCUUUGUGAAGCUGAAAAGAAACAUUAAAUGGGGUGGAAAAUGCCAAUUUUAUUUAUAAAAGUGGGUACUUAUAAAUGAGAUGUUACACUAUGCAUAAAGAAUAAAAAUCGUAGAGGUAUUGUCAGGUGGGUGGUGCACCAGUGUUUAUUUGGGGACAGAUGAAAGAACUCUGUUGGAAAGCUUUGUAUUUCUUUUUUAAUUCAGAAUUUUUUGAAGGUCUAGUUUUCAGUUGCAAACUUGACUUUGAAACAUCCCUGUUGGUUCUUGAUCAAAGAUAUUUGAAAUCACUACUGUGUUGUGCUGCAUAUUGGGGUUGGGGGGACAAUGUUAACAUAUUCUUGGUUAACCAUGGUUAAAUAUGCUAUUUUAAUAAAAUAUUGAAACUCAA